CAGAAAAAAAACAUUUUUUUGUACAAAAUAGUUUUGAGUUUGUACAGUCAAAGGUAGACACUGCUAUUUUUUUGAACACACCCCUUUCAACUAAUUGCCCAAUUGCACAGCCUUAAAGGGGUGGUAAAACACGGUUUUUCGAAGGCUUGAUUGUGUUCGUGGGGUGCACUAUAACAUAUGUUCAUGCUUCGUUUUUUAAAAAAAAUCAUUAUUUUUCAUAUAUUUUACCUUUACUCUACACUGCUCCGUCCCUCCAUGUAAAACGGUCUGAUGGUUUCCGGGUUCCAUGAAGCCAGUCCCACAAAAAUGGCAAUGGGCUCAGAUUGGAUAGCUGCCCCAGUGUGUUGUGAUUCGCUAACCGCCUAGCGAAUCACAACACACUGUGUUUUUCGGUAACGUCACGCCCCUUACCUUUACCAGUAGUCAGUGCUUUGGGGGUAUUAGAAACAAUGGCGUCAAUAAAACCAUACCAAUUUGAGCCCGAAUCGGACCCAGAAAAUUUUGAUGAAGAUGAUGGAGCAUUUCCUGUUCAAGAACGGCUGUUAAAUGACGUUUCAGAAUGGUGUACAUGUAAUAACUGUGCAAAAAUGCCAACUGAAGAGGAAAACAUCUGCUGCAAAGAAAUACAGAAGGUUGUAAAACGAAUGAUGGAGGUUCCAGACCCUCCUAAAUGUAUGGUUGAGCAUCCAGGUUUUGAACCAAACUGCUUAAAUCCGUAUACUUUGCAAAAUAUCAAUAAUAUUUACAGAGCCGACUAUGGACCAGUGAGACGCAGAAAUGAAGAGGAGCGCUUCCGUUAUCUGGCCUAUCGCAGCUUUGUCAGCUGGUGCUGGGGCUACCUAGGACGUAGUGUGAGGAUUGUCAUCCCCUCAUGUGUUGUUAACCGGAUCCGCCUACAGUUUCCUGAUCCAGCGGGACAGUAUGUUGGGUUCCGGCCACCCCUCGACUGAAUCGUGACACACGCUGGGCAAUCA